AGGCCCUUGUUGAUAUUGAAAGUGCACUAGUCAAGAGCUUUCGAGGACAUGCGGCCCAAUCCGAACCGGCCAUCAAUAUGAGUCUUCUUUGUACUGGGAAUAUCAGCCGUAAGAUCUAGGGUUGCACUUCAUUUAUAUUCUCUUUCUCCGCCAUCUAAGAUCUUCUCCUCUGGUAGCAGCUCCGCCGAGCAGUCUCAUAAACCCUAAUAAAACUAGGAGAGCUUGAUAACCGCGAAAUGGUUCAGCGUCUCACUUAUCGCAAGCGCCACAGCUAUGCCACCAAGUCCAAUCAGCACCGGAUUGUCAAAACUCCUGGUGGGAAAUUGGUGUAUCAGACCACUAAGAAGAGGGCCAGCGGUCCUAAGUGCCCUGUCACCGGCAAGAGGAUUCAAGGGAUUCCUCACUUGAGACCUGCGGAGUACAAGCGGUCAAGAUUGCCCAGGAAUCGGAGGACUGUGAACCGUGCCUAUGGAGGUGUUCUGUCUGGUGGUGCUGUGAGAGAAAGGAUCAUCCGUGCUUUCCUUGUGGAGGAGCAAAAGAUUGUUAAAAAGGUGCUCAAGAUUCAAAAGGCCAAGGAAAAGCAGGCAUCUAAGUAACUUGGAGAAGCAAAGAGUUGUUGAAAACGGCCAGCAUUAGGAGGAAAUUGUUUGAUCAUAUGUUUUAGAGUGUUUCGGUUUCAAUUUGUUAUGUUCCUUUUCAAUCUCUAAAGAAUUAUGAAUUCCUAGUACUCCGUUUUGGGCCUUGAUAACAAUUUUUGUGCUCAUUUUCUGCACCAUUCCUUCCCGUCAACUCCAAUUUGACGUUUAAUCUUUGGUUGAAGCAUACCAAUUUUACUAGCUUCGUCACUACAGUCGGCUCAUAGAUAACGUUGUGUAAUGUUAACCAAUUUAGCUUCUACACUACAGUCGUGAUGUGUCAGAUAAUCCAUAAGCAUCAGAGCGAAGUGAUUAGUUGUGAUUAUUAUCACGUAAUAAUCAGAGAGCUUUUACCUUUCCAAAAGGCGUUGAUGUAUUGGAGCUUUACCUUCUUGUGGAUAGAGUUGUCAAAUAUGACCUGCUUGAGGGCUAUGUGUGCCGUGCUGCAAAGGAUGCUUGUCCAUGACCAAAACAACACGACCUCAUCUUCAGUUUGCUCCUUCUCCAUGUUAAUUUUCUGCUUGAGAAAGAUGUUUCCUUGAGCAAUGGAGUUGGUUCUUCUUUAGUUAGUCAACUAUUUUGAUAGACAAGUGGCAGCAAUAAGGACAAGAUUGAUGC